AUGAGUCUGUGCUUUGAGUCAACUUGGUACGAGUCUACGUUUGGUCUUCGGUUGAUGAUGGAUGUUGAUAUUGAGAGUUUGUAUGCUAAUUUAUUGUUAUCAGAGAAAGAGUGUGAGGAUGCUGCGGUGGAUGUCCACCAAGUGGAGAAUGUUCUAGCUCGAGGGGAGCACUGUUUGCUUAUAAAGUUGUUGACUCGGAAGCAUUACAACCAUGAAGCUUUCAAGCAAACUAUGAGGAAGAUUUGGAGGCCUGUGCGAAGUAUGAAGUAUUGUGAUCUGAGUCCGGUAUUCACCCUGGUGGAAUUUGAAGAUCCACGAGACAAGAUGAAAGUGCUGAAGGAGGGGCCAUGGUCUUUCAAUAAGCAAUUGGUCCUCGUAAAGGAGUAUGAUGGUAUGAUUCAGAUUGAUAGUCUGAAUAUUAUUCAUGCCUCUUUUUGGAUCCGGAUUCAUGAUCUCCCACUCAUGGCCUAUAAUAUGUAUAUUGGUAAGUUGAUUGGUGGAUUGUUGGGGGAGUUCUUAGAAGUUGAUUUGGAUGAGGGUGAAAUGGAGUGGGGUGAAUAUAUGCGGGUCCGAGUGAGGCUUGAUAUCUCACAGCCUUUGCAACGUAGGAAACGACUGAAUUUGGGUGGGGGAAAAUCCUGCUGGGUUCGCUUAUCGUAUGAGCAUUUGCCGGAUUUCUGUUUCACUUGUGGAAUUUUGGGACAUACUCAACGGGAAUUUGACUGUUAUUGCCUAGAGAAUGUGAGUUCUUCUUCUCCUACUUACGCUUCUUGGCUAUUGGCUGGUUCUUCCGUUAAUAGAAAGGGUGUAAAAUCGGGGCAACAGGUACAUACUGGGAUGCGAGGGGUGACGGAGCCACCAGUUCCCACAACGGAGAGGGAGUCUCAACUGCACGAGAAAGCCAGGUCCCUAAAAAACGUGGAUGAUGCGGUUAAUAGAGCUGAUUCAGAAACUUGCUUAGUAGCUACGAAAUUUGCGGUAUCAGACAUUGGGAGUGGGGGAUCAGUUUCAAAGUUACUACCUGAUGGUGAACGAGAGGUUUCCAUAAAUUUAGGAGAUGAGCAGAGUUCAAAACGGGGUGAUCUGUUGGUGGAGAAUGUUACGGAGUUAGUUGAGGAAGUGGAGAAUGGGCUGCUAACCGAUGUCCCGAUAGCUAAAGAAAUGGGCCCUAUGGUGGGCUUAAAGGAUGAUGACCCAACUCGGUUUGAUCUUCUCUUGUCAACCCAGGCUGUGGAUUAUCUCUAUUGA